UUUUUCGCUCUGUCUAACUCUCUUCAUCUCUACUCUGGCUCGCCUCCCUGCGCUCUCUUUCUCUUUGCACACACGGUCAACAAAAGCGAGGUCAGAAGAGAGGGAUGAGGGUAUAACGAAAGAGAGGAAGAGAGAAACCUUGGAAACAGUGGAGAGACAAGAGAAACGCAAGUUUGGAAAACCAUCGGCAUCCUCUCUCUUGAGUAGUAGUUCUGAUCUCUGUUCUGAUUGGAGGAGAGAAGGUGAAGGGGAAGUGUUAUGUGUGAGAAACUCAGCAUGCUGAAUCUACAGAACACCUCCAGCUGGACUGGGCCAAACAACUGGUACCAUCAACCACACAGCACGAUGGCUGUGUGGUGGAUGACGUGYGRGUGCGGAUGGUYGGAGGAGGAGAAGGAGUGCAAAGAGAGAGGGAUGAMGRAGAGGACGCCCAGCAUCACCUCCAGCUGAAGAGAAAGCUCCAGAGGAAUCGCACCAGUUUCACCCAGGAGCAGAUUGACGCGCUGGAGAAAGAGUUUGAACGGACACAUUACCCGGAUGUCUUUGCCAGAGAGAGAUUGGCAGCUAAAAUUGACCUUCCAGAGGCUCGCAUUCAGGUGUGGUUUUCCAAUCGGCGAGCCAAAUGGAGGAGGGAGGAGAAGUUGCGCAAUCAGAAGAGGUCAGGGGGCGGGACUUCCUGUUCUCAGGCACACGCCCCCCUCAGCACCUCCUUCAACACAGGUGUCUAUCACUCUCACCAUGGCAACAGCUCAGCCUCAAUGCACAGUCGCAGUGACAACUCUCUCUCAAGCUACGGCUCUCUCUCAGUCUUCUCCAAUAUGCAGUCAUUGCCACCCCAGUCCGCUCCUUCUUACCCCUGCAUGCUCCCUCCCUCCCCCUCCUCUCCUCCCCCCCUGGCCCGGAAGUUUGACUCCCUCUCUUACCCCUCUCCUCACCUGCCUCCCCCUCACGCUGCCAGCUCCAACACAGGAUAUCUCUCUCCUGGUGUGUCGGGUAGUGAGCAGGACUUAGGUCAGUACUGGACCAGACUCCAGUGAGAAUAACACAGUUACGGCAUGACACUAGACCACCACCAAACCUGCCAGUAUCUGAAGAUCCACCUAUUCACUGUGACUGUGACAGACUAAGAUACGCAAACACCCAAUCCGUAACAAUCCAAAGCGAUUACAAUCAGUCAUUCUAAUAAUGACAAAAACUACCAA